CCCCCUUUUCUUUAGCAUGUUCAUCGAUACUGGUCUUGGAAUGCAGUGUUCUAUUGCAUUAGGCUUCAGGAUGCUUUUCAAUGCAACAACAAGCAAAAACACAGGGCUGAGGAAGAUAAGCAUGGUAGGUAGUUCAUUAGCACAUAAUUUCAAACACUGAUUUAUGUCUCUGCUAAUGAGCAGAACCGAAAACUGAGAAUUUAGGUCCAGCAAUAUGUAAUGGGUUCAUUCUUUUAGUUCAGUAAGUAAAAAUUAAUAGCGCAAAAUAUUAAUGAGCUAUUUUUACAUUGGGGGAUUUUUGGAUCAGAUACAUUAUUUUAUAUUUAUGGCUCACGCACAAUUCAAAGCCAAUCAGCCGCAUUGCGAGUGGUUAACAAUUGUAGCCAACAACCCUAGCUCAGGAGUCCACACAGACAACUUCCGGCCCUGAACCGGGUAUGCAAAGCUUGUUCAGGUUAUCCCAAAGGAACGCCACUUCGUGGAGCAUGCCGGGAGUUGUAGUUGGUGUCCAUCGGCCCGUGGCACCCGAUGGGGGUUGUAGGCCAUCUGUGUGGAGCAUGCCGGGAGUCGUAGUCCGCGCGCGCCCUUGGUGUACUGUGCGCUUCAUGGCCGCUGGCAAUACGCUCUCCUACUCUUCCGCUCGGCCUUAGAAAGUUUCGUUUCUGCCCGGCGGUGGACCCACGAGCGUGUGUGUCACCAUGAAGUCUGACCACUGCUGACUGGCAGCCACACAGCACUGAAGUGAUAGUCUGUCUUGGACCUACACAUCCCAGAAAGGGGGACACCAUGGCUUCUAACAGCGCUGAGACCCAGCUCCAGAGGAUCAUCCGUGAUCUACAAGAUGCAGUGACAGAACUAAGCAAUGAAUUUAAGGAAGGAGGAGAACCAAUCACAGAUGACAGCACCAGCUUACACAAGUUUUCUUAUAAGCUUGAGUAUCUUCUGCAAUUUGAUCAGAAGGAGAAGGCUAGCCUCCUGGGUAGCAAGAAGGACUAUUGGGAUUACUUCUGUGCGUGCCUAGCCAAGGUGAAAGGAGCAAAUGAUGGGAUCCGAUUUGUUAGGUCCAUCUCUGAGCUCCGAACAUCUCUGGGAAAAGGCAGAGCUUUCAUUCGCUACUCUUUGGUGCACCAGAGGUUGGCAGACACUUUGCAGCAGUGCUUCAUGAACACUAAAGUGACCAGUGACUGGUAUUAUGCAAGAAGCCCCUUUCUGAAGCCAAAGCUGAGCUCUGACAUCGUGGGACAACUAUAUGAGCUGACUGAGGUUCAGUUUGAUCUAGCAUCAAGGGGCUACGACCUGGGCGCCUGGCCGACAUUUGCCAGGAGGACACUGGCCACCAGCUCUUUUGCUUACAUGUGGAAACCCCCAAGCCGAAGCUCCAGCAUGAGCAGUUUAGUGAGCAACUACUUGCAGACUCAAGAGAUGACCUCCAGUUUUGACCUAAAUAGUUCUCUAAACAAUGAAGCACUAGAAGGUUUUGAUGAGAUGCGACUGGAGCUGGACCAGUUGGAGGUUCGGGAGAAACAGCUACAAGACCAUGUACAGCAGCUAGACAGGGAGAACCAAGCACUUCGAGUGAUGAUCAGCAGGCAAGGGGAGCAGCUUCAGGUAGAAAAGGAGAAAGGGUACCCUACAGUGGAGGAUACCAUUGGCCUCCUGGGCCUGGUGGCAGAGCUCCGGAAGCAGGGGGAAGUCACCAUGGCUACAGUGAAGAAGCUACAGAAAUGUCUGCAGGCCUCGGAGCUGAAUGUAGACAAGAAAGAGAACAGCCACUUAGCCCUGCAGCUUGAGACCAUGGCACAGGAACUUGAGGCUGUGAGAAACUCUCUGGAUAGGAAUAACCAGCUUCUAGCCAGCCUUUCAGAUUGCCUAGCUGGGACUGAGAAAGCAGCAAAUCCAGCUCAGGACACAAAGUUUCUUCAAGAGCCAGUUCCUGCCGACAUGGCCCUAAAGUUCCAGGAACUGAAGGGAAAACUUGAAGCCCUAGAAGGAGAAAACACCAAGGCCCAGGAACUCAAUAGGCAGCAGAAUAUCAAGCUAGAGCAGCUGGCCAAGGAACUACAGCUGAAGGAGGAGGCCCGAGCUGGCCUAGAGUACUUAGUGAAGGAUGUGGCUCCACUUCAGGAAGAGCUAGCUGGGAAGAAGCAAGAGUCAGCUCAGCUCCGGCGACAACUACAGGAAUCCCUGGGCCACUUGAGCUCUGUGGAGGAGGAGCUGGCAGAAGCCAGGCAGCAAGAAAAGCAGCAUCGAGAAGAAAAGCAGCUGCUGGAACAGGAGGCCAAGUCUCUGACAUGGCACCUGCAACUUCUAGAGACCCAAUUAGCACAGGUGAGUCAGCUUGUGAGCGACCUGGAGGAGCAGAAGAAGCACCUUAUGCAGGACAGAGACCGUCUCAGCCAGAAAGUGGGCACACUGGAGCAGCUAGCUGAGGUGCAUGGGGCCAACAAGAAUAGGGAGGCUCUGGCCUCCUUAAGCUCUGUCCCACCACAGGCUGGGGAGAUUCCAGAAGAGGGGCAGCAAUACCUCCAGGAAGAACAGCUAAACAAUACCACAGUGCCAGGGGGAGAUCAGGAGGAAUUGCAAAAGGUCAACCAGGAGCUACAGAAGGAGCUGCAGAACAUGGCUGUGCGCAACCAGCUCCUAGAAGGAAAACUUCAAGCCUUGCAAACAGAUUACAAGGCACUGCAGCAGCGAGAGACAGCCAUCCAGGGCUCCUUAGCCUCCCUGGAAGCUGAGCAGGCCAGCAUCCGGCACCUGGGAGACCAAAUGGAAGCAAGCCUCUUGGCUGUGAGGAAAGCCAAGGAGACUAUGAAGGCCCAGGUGGCAGAGAAGGAAGCUGCCCUGCAGAGUAAGGAGGGUGAGUGCCGGCGGCUGCAGGAAGAAGCAGAUCAGUGCCGGCUUCGGACAGAAGCCCAGGACCAGGAGCUCAGGGCUCUUGAGAACCAGUGCCAGCAGCAGAUUCAGCUGAUUGAGGCCCUCUCUGCAGAAAAAGGCCACCAGGGACUCAGCCUACCACAACUCAACACAGCCCAACUGGCCCUGUCUCAAGCACAGCUAGAAGUUCACCAGGGGGAGGCCCAGCGGUUACAGAAUGAGGUGGUGGACCUCCAGGCCAAGCUCCAAGUCGCCUUAGGUGACCGAGACAAGUUACAGAGCCAGCUGGGUGUGGCUGAGGCGGUCCUGAGGGAGCACAAGACCCUGGUGCAACAACUGAAAGAGCAGAAUGAAGCCCUCAAUAGGGCCCAUGUUCAGGAACUGCUACAGUGCUCAGAGCGAGAAGGGAUACUGCAGGAGGAGAGCAUCUACAAGGCCCAGAAGCAGGAGCAAGAGCUACGAGCUCUGCAGGCAGAGCUGUCACAGGUGAGGUGCAGCUCUGAGGGAGCCCACCUGGAGCAUGCAGAACUACAGGACCAGCUGCAUCGAGCCAACACAGACACAGCUGAGCUUGGCAUACAGGUCUGUGCCCUGACAGCCGAGAAGGAUCGGAUGGAGGGGGCUCUGGCCAGCUUGACCCAGGAGCUCCGGGACUCCAAAGAGGCAGCACUACGGGAACAAAAGGGCUUGGAGCUUCAAGUGAUGGGACUAAAGCAAGAGAAGGAGAGCUUGCAGGAAAAGCUUAAGGCAGCUGAGGAGGCAGCUAGUUCAUUCUCUGGUCUACAGGCACAGCUGGCUCAGGCUGAGCAGCUGGCUCAGAGCCUCCAAGAAGCUGCACACCAGGAGCGAGAUGCCCUCAAGUUCCAAUUAAGUGCUGAGAUUAUGGACCACCAGAACAGAUUGAAGACAGCCAAUGAAGAGUGUGGGCGCCUCAGGGCCCAGCUAGAAGAGCAAAGCCAGCAGCUACAAAUGACUCAGGAGGCUAUGCAGGAGCUGAAGGUCACCAAGGCAGCCAUGGAGGAGAAGCUGAACUGUACCAGCAGCCACCUUGCAGAGUGCCAGGCCACUUUGCAGCACAAAGACGAAGAAAGCACUACUCUUCAAAUAAGCCUAGAAAGAACUCAGAAGGAACUUGAAAAAGCCACAUCAAAAAUCCAAGAAUAUUACAACAAACUCUGCCAGGAGGUAACAAACAGGGAAAGGAAUGACCAGAAAUUGCUUGCAGACCUAGACGACCUGAACAGAACCAAGAAAUACCUUGAGGAACGGCUGAUAGAGCUGCUCAGGGACAAAGAUGCACUCUGGCAAAAGUCUGAUGCACUGGAAUUCCAGCAAAAGCUUAGUGCUGAAGAGAAAUGUCUUGGGGACAUGGAGGCCAACCACUGCCAUGACUGCAAGCGGGAGUUCAGCUGGAUAGUGCGGCGGCACCACUGCAGGAUAUGUGGCCGAAUCUUCUGUUACUACUGCUGUAACAACUAUGCUGUGACUAAGCCCAGUGGCAAGAAGGAACGCUGCUGCCGAGCCUGCUUCCAGAAGUUCGGUGAAGGCCCUGGAUCCCCUGAUAGCAGUGGUUCUGGCACAAGCCAGGAAGAGCCUAGCCCCAUGGUUUCACCAGCUGAAGCAGGCCCCCAGGCCAUAGGAAACCCAGGAGCAAAUUCAGUCUGCAGACCACCAGAUGAUGCUGUGUUUGACAUCAUCACUGAUGAGGAAUUGUGCCAGAUCCAAGAAUCUGGCUCCUCCUUGCCUGAAACACCCACUGAAACUGAUUCAAUGGAUCCAAAUAUGGCUGAACAAGAUACCACAUCAAACUCACUAACCCCUGAAGACACUGAAGACAUGCCAAUGGGGCAGGAUGCUGAAAUCUGCUUGCUGAAGUCAGGAGAGCUGAUGAUCAAAUUACCCCUCACAGUGGAUGAGAUCACCAGCUUUGGAGAGGGUAACAGGGAGCUGUUUGUGAGAUCCAGUACCUACAGCCUGAUCCCCAUCACUGUAGCAGAGCCUGGCCUCACUAUCAGCUGGGUAUUCUCUUCUGACCCCAAGAGCAUCUCCUUCAGUGUGGUCUUCCAAGAGACAGAAGACACACCGCUUGACCAGUGCAAGGUCCUCAUUCCCACCACCCGGUGCAAUUCCCACAAGGAGAGUAUCCGGGGCCAGCUAAAGGUCCGAACCCCUGGCAUCUACUUGCUUAUCUUUGACAACACCUUUUCCAGAUUUAUCUCCAAAAAAGUAUUUUACCACCUGACUGUUGACCGGCCUGUGAUCUACGAUGGAAGCGAUUUCCCAUAACAUCAGUACCUGAACUUUGAUAGCUCUUCAACAUCCACAGAAAACACUACUACUCCUCACCCAUCUCAUUAAACAUACAUAUUCACACACACACAAAAUUUUAAAAAUUAAAAAAUUAGAAACAAAGGAAAGAAAAUCAGCUGUACCCCAGCUCACCAGCUCUGGCAGAGGCCUUGGGCUGCACCUCAGAAACCGCUCUGCCAAGGUUCACAGGGUACUUGGUUCCAUGCAGCCAUCACUCUCUGUUCCCAGGGCUCCCGAGGACCAGAUAUGAGACUCAGCUAUCUUCUCACCCAAAGGGACAUCUUGCCAAAUGUUUAUACUCUGGGAUACCAUUGGCCUCACUUGGGAUCACAGUUGGUAACAAUCUGCUGUGGUAUUUUUCAGGCCAAGAUUCACUUUGUGAAUCAUUUGGUAGUCCCAGGAGAGAAGGAGGCCGUAGGGCCAUCAUGUAAGAGAUGCCCCUUUCCCUUAAUUUAUCCAUAAGUAGAGGCUGCUUCCCCCACUCAGCAAUUUUGGGGAGGCCUGAGCUGUGCUGUUUUUCUGAGCCUUUGUCUGUUCUGGGCCUUUGCUCAGCCUGGCCACUCAGCAGCUCUAAAUUCUCUCUCUCUCUCACACAUACAGACACAGGAACCAACUAGAGGUCUAGGAAAAAGCAGCCACUACCUGAAGGCUUCUGCUCUGCAUAUUGAUUGCAGGAGUAGAAAAAUGGGCCAAGUUCCCUAUAGUGAACUCAGGUUGGCCUCAGAGCUCAUGUGUCAGCCCAUAGCCUAUCUUUGUAUAUAAACACCAGAGUUUCUGCCCCACCUGAAGACAGCUGUUUACUAGUGAGUAGAGCCAGUUAAGAACCACUUUCAAUACCUGGAACUUUUCUAAAAAAAAGUCUUUGGUAUCAUAAGAAGCAACAUAGCAGAAGAACAAGGUAUAACUUCCUUUUGGCCUCCAUCUGCUAGUCACUCCCUCCCCAUUUGCCUACAUCCUGCUCAUGACCUCAUAUCUGAUACUGCAGACAGCUUACUCUUUCCUUUUCUAGGACAGAUAGCUUAGAUAGCUUUCUGUUCUCUGUGGCCCUUUUUUACUCCCACUACCAAUUUACCUUUGUUGGCGACUUUUUUUGAUGUGAGGCCAGCAUAUGCACCUGAGUCUUUGAAGAUUGACAUGGGUCCUUGUAGGUCUGUAUGUGGCCUGAGAUUGCUGAAGACCAAAUCUUCUUGCCUUUGAAACUUCUACCCUCUUGCAAAUGGAAUACUAAAGCCAGCUUGUUCACUAGGCUAAUAGCAUCCAACCACCAACUAGGAUCUCAUUUUUAUUACUUGGCUUUUCCAGGGUAUGUUGGAGACACUGGCCAAGCUCAUGGCCUUAUGCUGGUGUUACUGCCACCAUCUGCAUCAAGAGCCACCCUUCACUAAGUUGCUGUUGUAUUGGUGGCCUGGGAGGGGCCUGAGGCCUUCCAUCUGAGUUUAUCCUGAACCUCUGUCACUUACCAGGAGACCCACAUGGCUCUUAUGAAGCCAACUCAGAACGGAGGUGAGAGGCUUCAGUGCUGACUGCCUAGUGCUCCAGUAGGCGCUUUCCAACUCUUUAUCUUUGAUAGUAUAUUUAUUUUUGUGCUGAAUGGACUUUGUACUGUAUUCUCUAUUAGUUCACUGUUAAUGCUCCCGAGCACUAGGUCACCAGAGAACAUUUGGCCCUGUGUAAGUGUGCCUUUCACACAUAGCUUUAUUAUUUUAAGUAGUUCCCAAUUUUAAUGAGGUUUAGUAACUUUAAUGAGUGACUUUUUUAAAAUGCAAAUGACAAUUGAAGGAUCACUAAGGAAGAUGGUGGCCCAGCUGGACUUAAUUACACUAAAAAUCAUAAGGAAACACCCUUGAGAUCCUGGGUCAUUCUUUUUCUAAUAACUCAGCUCCCUCAUAACAGUCAUGUUAGUAGUGUUACCAGCUGCCUGUUUACCAGUGCCACUGAAGCCAUUACUAGACUUCACUCAAAAAAUAAACCAGCCACCCAGACACAGGGAAGCAUGUCUGAGACAGAGUGGCCCUCCAUGUCUGAGUGUACUUGGAGAGCAUUGCUGGCAUAAGCACCCUGGAUUCCAGCUAGCCCUGGACCAAGAAGGCAAAGGGAUUCUCAAGUAGAAAUCUAGAACUGAAAAUCUCCAUAUGGUUUGGGAAGUAGAAGUGAAGAGCCAUAUAUAAAUAAAGGUGUUAUUUCUGAAUAACAGUUUCAGUUGUUCCCCAGGUCUCAAGCCACUCCUGGCCCAAAAAGAAAUCUUGCAGAUAUGGUUUGAUGUUCAUGGGGUUUUGUUUUCAAACUCAGACUCAGUGGUUCUAUCUGUGAGAAUUCUUUAUACUGAGAAAACAUUCUUAGCUCAGAGAUUUUGGAAAAGGAGGCAGAGAAGAGCCAUCUUUGGUGCUCAGAACCAAGGAAUGCAAUACAAAGACCAUUGAAUGCUGUUCACAUUUACAAAAACAAACACUACUUGGUAGAGUCUUAGCACAAUUUUCUCAUCUCACCUAAAUCUUCUAACAAAACAGGAAAGUUAAUUCAAAAUUUCCUUUUCAUUCUCAAGCACUUUUUAAGUUUCAGGAGACCUCUCUGAUCAAGGGGCGUUUUUUUAGAGCUUUUUGAUGUGUGUUUAAUCUAGGUGUUCUGCUUUUGGUGACUGCAGUGACACUGAGCCUCUAUGGGAAGGCUUAACAAUUGGAGUGCACUUUAAAUCAUUAAUCCUCACUUUGUGUGGCCUUAUGAGAUAACGAGUCAGGGAACCCAUUUUAUUCUUAUCUGCCAAAGAGUUACUCAGAAGCACAUCAAACACCAGCACUUCAUCUGCACAAAGGGAUGAGACUUCAGUAUCAUUGAAUAUACUCCUUUAAUAAUAUCUGCUAUGCCAUUUGGAAAUGUUUUUUAACCUCAGGUUUUAAAUAAAGCAAACACUGUGGCAUUUGGAGUAA